AUGCGUCGCUGGCAAAAUGGACAAGUGAUCGGCCACACCCGGCUUUACCCCGAGUUUCGGGAGAACUUCGACGCACCUUACUGGGUGAUCCAUCGGGCCCAUUUCCACCAGGCGAUGCACGACCUGGCCGUGGAUCUGGGUGUGACAGUCAGACUGGCAUCGAAGGUGGUUUCGUACGAUGUAGAUGAACCAAGUAUCACCCUGGACGAUGACUCGAAGGUCUUUGCGGAUUUGGUUGUCGCCGCAGAUGGGGUGAAUUCGACCGCGCGAAAGGUCGUGCUUGGGGCCGACCAUCCGCCCCAACGAACAGGGUUUGCAGCCUAUCGGGCCGUUGUAGACAUCGACCGUAUGCAAGGUGAUCCGGAAGUAUCAUGGCUUCUGGAGAAACCUGCAUUCAACCUUUGGUCUCUGAAGCUGGGAGACAACCGACAUGUCAUGACUUACGUGAUCGGGGCAGGCAAGUCCUUCAACAUGGUUCUGUCCCACCCCGAUAGUGGCGACAGCUCGCAAUGGAAUCUCAACCCGGAGGAAACGCUUCAAAACAUGCGGAACGAAUUUCAAGACUGGGAUCCGGUUUUGACUCGGAUUAUCGGAAUGAUCGACAAAGCUCUUAAAUGGCCCCUAUUCAGUGGGGCAACUAUGAACCGGUGGGUAUCCGGAAAUCUCAUUGUAUUGGGCGACGCUGCCCAUGCCAUGCUUCCGUAUAUGUCUCAAGGUGCUGCAAUCGCCGUCGAGGAUGGAAUUGCACUCGCACGAGCAUUAAAAAACAUCCAAAGUCGGGAGGACAUUCCGCACGCUCUCUCGGUCUGCGAGAGAGUCCGCGUCGAUCGAGCACAGAAAAUGCAAGAGGCGUCUCUGCUCAACGGAAAAUUGUGGCAUUUUGCCGAUGGACCACGACAGCGUGCUCGAGAUGAGGCCAUGGAACCUGAAGUCGCAGGGCGUCCAUUUUCCUUCUCGCCGAACCAGUGGAGCGACCCGGCAACGCAGAUGUGGUGUUAUUCGUAUGACGCCGAGCGGGAGAUUGACCGGGAAAUUCCUGCCAGUCCUCUUCAAAGAAACGCGUCAACGAUCGCCCCCAAUAUUACCCCGUUCACCAUCAAAGUCCAAGGUCCCCAUCGAGAGUCCGAGGAGAGUCAUCAGCAACAUCUUCAAGAUCAAAUCCACUCCAUCCCUCGAGAUGCGAUGGUCCUCGGCAUAGAGGAGGACACGCCCUCGUCUCGUUCCAUCAAUCUCGAGACCUUGGAAAUCCUAGAAGAUGACGCCGUGGAUACUUUAAUAGGCAUGAGUGCAGCGUUGCCUCAUUUGAUCGAGAUCCUCAAGACCCUACACAUUCGCUCUACCCAUGGACUGGACUUUCAAUUCAUUGCGGAAGACGCCUUCCGCGAGAUUUUACGCCGCAUGGAAAAUUUGCAAACCCUACGCUUAUCGGUCGGGGAGAUCUUUAACGACUCGUCCUAUCUUCCAACGCUACAUAAGUACCUUCCACCGAAUCUGACCUCGUUCUACUUUCGUGGCCCAGUGUCGCUCUGCCAAUCGGAACAUUGGGCCGAUUGGCCGAAUGCAUUUGAAUCACCGGGAUUUCUACCAAAUCUAGAAACGAUGGGCUUCGUUUUGGAUCUCCAAUAUGAGCCGGACACGGGUUUCAAAGACAAGACGGAAUGCUGUGCACCGGAGGACUUGCUCCACGCAGCGCGGCGAGCAUGUGAAUUGGUCUAUGAAACUGCUCGACGGCGCAAUAUUCAGGUUAAAAAGCUGCCCAAUGAGCCCACGUCUCAUCUGAGGCCAGUUGAUCAUCGAUGGUAA